AAAAAGUCAGUUGAUGCACAAACUAGCAGCGAAAAAUGAGUGUUAAAACCUCAUUCUUAAUUUUUACGUUAUUUUUAAUAAAAUCCACAACAUCCGUCGAAGAAUCAUGUCAAAUGAAGCAAGAUGUUUUAAAGGAACAAUAUGAGACCUUACUGCAGACAUUUAGUUUAACAGCACCAAGUCCAUCGCCAUCAAAAUGUGCAGAAUAUCUUGAUGAAUUUUACAAAACAGUUGAUGAAAUCAACGAAGACAGCUUUAUAGAUCAAAUUAAAGGCGAUGAUUUUGUGGAAGCAAGGAAGCAGUACGAAGCUGAUCGAGAUUACAUGGAAAACAGCUUUGAAAACACAAAAGCAUACCUUAAAGAACAAUUCGAAGCUCAAGAACAAGACCUUUCCAGUAAAAUUGCAUUCGCAAGCAGUGAAAUCGACAGGAUAACAACAGCUGAGCAAAAAUCAAUUAAGCAGCAUCAGGAAAUGGUCAAGACAUACAACAAGUGUGGAUAUCAACCUGAUGAUGUAUAUAACGUGUCCAGAAAAUCAAAAUCAUCUUUCAUGAGCAGCAGACGUCUUAAAUUCUCAGAUGAGCCAACAGUCAUGUGUGACGUCCCUGCUCAAUGGUUCCUGGACUUGAAAAAGCUAAUGGAUGAAAAGGUUUACUCACCAGACAAGUUGCUUCCUACAGAUGAUUGCAAUAAGAAACGAAAAUGGUUCUUGAGUGCCAAUUCAAUCUUUCAAGAAGCUAUAGACCAAAUUGCAGCAAGCUACGACAUCGAAACAUACAAAGCCACACUGGAAAAGCGCCUGACGGACAGGAAACGGGAAAUUGAUGACACAAUCAAUCAGAUGAAAAAAGAUAAUGAACGGAAAAUUCAGCAAGACACAGACUUUUUACAGACAAAAAAUGCUGAGCUGCAAGUUGUGACUUCACAUUUUGAAGGUGUCAAAAAGCAGCAAGAUGAUGAAAUUGAAGCUUUAGCUGUAAAACUUAUGGGAUGCAGUCGCUAUGAAUUGAUGAAUGACAUGAUUGACGAGGUCGACGAGAAAGACUUUAUGAAAACAAUUUUUAUCAAGACUUAUGAAAGUUCCACUAAUAAUGACAAAGCAGAGAACUUGAUGCUGUUUUUAGGAACUCUUAAGGAUCUUUGCAGGAGGUUUGAGGGCUACAUUAUCCUCUAUUAUGAGAUAGUCUCGCAGAAAGAUCAAGAAAGUCCAACAAUGAUCGAGAUUGUCAAUCAAAUCAGAAACUUAAGACAGCCAGGAGCUACUUGUGGUGUUGAGUACGAUCAAAAUGAUUUCCUAAGUCCAACUCUAGAAGCUGAUCCAAUAGUCAAUAAAAUCCUUGCUACUUUAUCAGACAGCAUCAAAGUUGGGAACUAUGACAAGACCAUAACCUUCAAUUAUGACUAUACUUACACUUUUCAACAGAUCCUCUCAACUUUGGUGUCUAAAAGCUACACAGGAGGUAAUUUGGAUAAUUUACUAAGAUUCACGGAUGAGCUUUACUGGCUGGUUAAUAAAUAUGAUGUGCUAAGUCAGAUGUUGGACAUAAGUGCACCAACUAAUGAUAAAGAUAAGAAAAAGUUCAAAGACUUGGUCGAUAAAAUAGCUAAAUCAGAUGCACUGAAUCAUGAGGAUACGGAUCGAUUGAUAGGAUUGAGGGAGAAGAUGAAGAGAUAUGGAAUUAAAUGAGAGUUGCUUAAUUUUGACUGUCAACUUUUUGAAUAAAAAAAAUAUUUUUUUUAAAUUAA